AUGUUCAAACGGAAGCAACACGGGCAGUUUAUUCAGGCGAUGUGCCAGCCACGCCGCAGCACGCCGUUUCUCCCACUGGCGGUGUUUUUGCUGCUGUUGGUGUGUUGCGCCGGUGGGUGCCUCGCCGUCGCUCCUGCCCGGAAGCACCGCUGGGGGUUUGACGAGAUGAUAGGGGGAGGUGGCCGCCGGCGACUGCGGUGGUGCGUGAUGUGCCGCGCAGAGGACAGGGCGCGAUGCAGGCGUACACUGUCGCCGCACAAGGCGUGGGGAGUGAGUGGGCCCCGAUCCGCAUCAAAGUGUCCGCGAAGGACAUGUACGAUCCGUCGAGGCACUGUGCCGCAGUGGGGGGAUGUGAGCAUGCCCGAUGGCAGAAGGGUGAAAUGCACAGAGGACAUUAUUUUGACGGAGGCGAAGAAGGACAUUAUUUUGAAGCAACUCCUCCCGGCAGCAAUUAAGAUGCACACCGAUCGUCUGUCCGUGAAGCCUGUAGAAGAUACCAUCCGUAUGCCCAUGCCAGAUCAUGGUCUAGGGCCGUGCAGCAAUUUCACCAUCCCUUCCUGGCACCACACCAUCGGCGUGAGCGGCGCCGACAUGAUCCUCUACGUCGACGCUUUCCUAGGUAGGGAAUUCGUUGCAGUGGCGGAUGUAUGCGCCACUCUAAAGGACGGACGCCCGUGCGCUGGCGUCGUAAACUUCAACCCGCGGCACGUAAGGGCCACUGAUGAAGCUGUUCGUAUUACAACGCACGAGAUUGGGCACGCCCUUGGGUUUUCGUUCAAUCAGUUUUCAGAGUUCAAUAUGCUCUCCAAUGUCUCCAAUGUG